UUGGAAAAUAAAAGCCGAAAAAUCUACUCUCCAUACAAUCAAUUUGCUGCAAUUAUCAAUUCCUGUCACAUCGCCGACUAACGACAAACACAAUCAACCAUUGAUUUCCCCAUUAACGCCCACUCUACAAGCAAUUUGCGUGACGAUUUUUGAAGUGAUUCUCACCGAAAUGUAAACAACGCAAAAUACAUGAAUAUCCCAAAAAUGCUGCAAAAUCAGAGUCUCUCGCCCACGCUCAGCCCAACAGCGCCAGUUAUGGUCGCGCUGUCGACGUCCUUAGUUGUGCGACCAACAAUAGCAGCGCUGCCAGCGCUCUGCCCACCCGACUGGUCAUACAGCAACACCUACGACUGCAUUAACAGCACCAUGGACAAUGGCAUUGUUAUGGGAGGUACAAGCGCGAGUUUCACCGGACUGCCAGGCCAAGAUGGGGCUGCGUUUGGUGGUGAUGGUAAUUUCACUUUCCCCCCCGACAAUCUGUUGGAUUUCGAAAUUGACCCAUUAGAGCGCGUUGUGUCAACCAUUGUGCCUGUAUUUUUCGGCAUCAUCGGACUUGCUGGCCUGCUAGGCAAUGCACUCGUCAUUUUGGUGGUCGUCGCCAAUCAACAGAUGCGCUCCACCACUAACCUGCUUAUCAUCAAUUUGGCCAUUUCGGAUAUACUCUUCGUCAUCUUCUGUGUGCCCUUCACCGCCACCGAUUACGUGCUGCCCGAGUGGCCAUUCGGCAAUUUGUGGUGCAAAUUCGUGCAGUACAUGAUUGUGGUCACCUGUCAUGGCAGCGUCUACACGCUGGUGCUGAUGUCCCUCGAUCGGUUUUUGGCUGUCGUGCAUCCGGUGACGAGUAUGUCCUUGCGCACCGAGCGCAACGCAAUGCUCGCUAUAAUCUUUGCCUGGGUAUUGAUAGUGACGACGGCUAUACCGGUGGCGUUAUCGCACUCAGUUCAACUCUACUAUUUCAAAGGGCGGAACUACACAGCCUGCGUCUUCUCCUCGCAUGAAGAAAUCUGGAAUCUCGUUGCAUUUCAGGUGUCCUUCUGUGCAUCGUCCUACGUCACACCAUUGACGCUGAUCUUUUUCCUGUAUAUGUGCAUGUUGGCACGCCUAUGGAAGAGCGCGCCUGGCUGUAAACCAUCAGCGGAAUCGAGAAAGGGCAAACGGCGUGUAACUCGUAUGGUCGUCGUGGUUGUGCUUGCGUUUGCAAUAUGCUGGCUGCCUAUACAUGUUAUACUCGUUCUAAAGGCAUUGGAUAUGUAUGCAUCCACGCACCUAACGGUUAUAAUUCAAAUCAUCUCGCACGUACUGGCGUACACGAACUCUUGCAUUAAUCCGUUUCUGUAUGCUUUCCUGUCGGAGAAUUUUCGCAAAGCAUUCCGGAAGGUCGUUUGGUGUGGUACUCCGCCGCCGCUAAUCAACAACCAGCAGAUCACCAAAACGACGCGCACAACCAACUGCAAUGGCACCUCUAAUGUGGAAAUGUUAUAAGUCUGCAAUGGAGAGGCAACCGGCUACAAGCAGAAGUCGACCGCAAGCCCACAAGCAACAGCUCAAGCAACACACGCAGUGACAUUCGUGGCUGCGACAAGCCACAGGUAGUGCAACUUUAAUUCACUUCGGUUUGUUGUUAUUACAAAAUUUAUACGGAAAACCGACACACACAUACAUACACAU